ACCAUGCAUCGUCAGCAUGUUUUUAAAAUGAUCUACUUACUUUUUUUCCUCCAUUCACGAGCUAAAGCUAAAACGACCGCCUGUGCGACAAAGUAACACGACACUUUGUUUUUUAAUUGGCUUGUCACCGCCCUUAAUACACGUAACACACAGAAUCGGAACCGUCUCGAAUGGGUCGAUGGCAACUUUUUUUUUGUCGUAGCUUGAUUAAGUUCUUUAUAAAAUUAUCAAUAAAGUUUUAGAUAAUUGAGGUAAUUAUUAUUUUUUGUUAUUUUAAGUCCGAUAAAGUGGAGAUAUUGACCUUUAUGUUCAGUUUUUCUCGGUCGAUAAUUCCAACAAAAAGAGGAUUAGGUAUUACAUUUAUUCCUAAAUCAUAAAAAUAUUGUAAUAUUUAAUUUCGGUAAUGUCUAAAAAUCGAACAAACCUGACCAAACUUUGUAUGUUCUGUCCCUGUGCUUGCAUUACUUUAAUAGUGUUUUUAAUGAUCUGAUUAAAAGAUAGUGGUACGUGAUCCAUGACAAUGUUGUACAAAUAUAUAUUAAUAUGUAUAUAUUAAGAUAUGAGUAUUGGUACAUCGAAAGUAUAUUAAAUUAUUUUUUGUUGAACGACUGUUUUGUAUUGCAAUCAAACCAAAUGCAAAUGCGUGAACCAAACCCAUCAAUGCUUUUGCAGUGGCAUUAACGAAGCUGCUCCACUGGGUAUACCUCACAUAAGAAUACUAUAUUCCUAUUUAUCACUGUCCUUAUUUGGAUAACCUUUAAAACAAAAUCUUAGGCAUUACAGUCAUCAUCAUAUACAAUUUGUAAAAGAAGCUUAUACUAUUAUUUUAAAGAUUUCAUUUCAUGAUAAAUCAUUCUUAUAGGUAGACCCGGUACGGAUCGGAUAUCCGAAGUAUUUUGAGAUAUCCAGAUCCAGAUCUUUUUUUAAAUUUUUUUAAAAAAUUUUAAAAUUAAAUUAAAGCUAGCAAUUAAAAUGAUUUAUUUAAUUUAUUUAGCCUAUUAAUUUUUGUAAAUGAAAAAUUAUUGAAAUUGAAUAAAAUUUUAAAAAAUCAAUAUUUUAUAUAAAAAUUAUAUACAGUAUACGUAUAUAAAUAUAAUUAAAUUUUAAAUAUUUUAAAUAAAUAGCAAGUUUGGAUCCGGAUAUCGGAACCGAAAAAUUUCAUUAUCCGGAUCCGUCGAAUCGGUAAAAUCAAGAUCCGGAUCUAGACCCCUCAGAUAUUCAUUUUUUCAGAUCGGAUCGGAGCAAAUCCCAGAUAUAAGUCUCAGGCCUACUUAUAGGAUUAUUUCAUCAUUAAAGUGUAAUAUUUUCACUUGAUGCGAUGUAUAACAUAAAACUGUUGGUUUCCCAGCAUAUAUCAAUUUAAAAGUUUUGUUAUAUGUCACUCAAACUACAAAUUAAGAGUAAAAUAACAACGAAAGAAUGAAUCCAACGGUCAGGAUCUCGUGUUCAGGAUGCGAUAUUAUUAGUUCUAUUUUUAAUACUAAGCAGAGAAAUAAAGAAAACAAAAGGUCAAGUGUACCAAUAGCAAAAUGGACCCACCAGAAUCCAUAAUCUGACUAGAAUGAAUGGAAUGCGAACUAUGUGGGGUCCAGGAAAGCGACUAACCAUUGCUAUUUAACCAGUCGGCAUCGGUGAAGACAAAACGAUGGCCUACACAAAUGGCAGGAACUUAGUGGACAGACCAUCUUGACUUUUAUGGUCCUCGAAGCAGCGAAUAAUUAUCUCUCUCACUAGCGGCCAAGCACAUGUGGGCCAUAAAAGCAGGUAAACGACACGAAUGCGUCUAUACGAGGAUAAUGACCUGUCUAUGGGCCAAUUAUUAAAAACUAUUUUGGCCCAUUAGCUUGUCUUCUUGGUUUACUUAAAACGAUGCCGUUAACAGAUAAAGACCAAGUUUGUGGCCCACUAGCUUGUCUACAAGAACACUUCUAAAACUGGUAAAACCAUAGCUAAAUGUAAAGUUGCUUUUCAACUGAUUUACACCUUUUAUCAACGUUAAAAUGGUGAAACCGAUUGAUUCUCACCAUUCUAUUGGUUAUCAAUUUGAAUAAGAGGGUGAAAGAGGUAAUUUGGAAACUUUAGUUAAGAUAUAAGAAAAUACUUACCAAAUUUCCAUUCUUCUCGAAUGCAAAAUUAAGAAAAAAACAUAAAUGUAACUAGAAGAAUAAACAUUAUUAUACUUAAUUAAACAAUUAGAAUGCUUAAUUGGAGAAAUUAAAUUAGAGAACAGCGUUACUUGGGGAGAAAGCUGCUACUCACUCACCCCAACCAACCAAGCAAAAGCUGCUUUUAACUUCUUCUCUACACCGAGAAGAAACGACAAAAACUGAGCGUAUUAUAUUUUCCCCAAAUUGUUGACUCGAAUCUUUCGGGAUCUUAAUGCCGGCGACUGAGGAGGAGCCGAUAUUCGGCUGGAACAGCAGCGGUGAGCGAAAUCUCCGCCGGAGAAAGCUUCUCGCUGGUGAAAAAGUAGAGGUAAGAAGUGUUGAAGAAGGGUUUCUCGGUUCUUGGUAUUCAGCAACUGUUCUUUCCUCCAAAAAGCGACGCCUCCGUGGCAUCAGAUACGAUCACAUCCUCUCUGAUGAUGCUACUGAUUAUCUUGUGGAGACUGUUGAUGUUUCCGAGGUAGUGGAAGGGCUGAGCUCUUCUUCUUCUGCUGGUAGUCUACGUGGACGUUUAAGACCUGUGCCGCCGAAGCUGGAAGUUGAUCGAUUCAGCCUUGUGUAUGGACUCUGUGUUGAUGUAUUGAUCAGUGAAGCUUGGUGGGAAGGUGUGGUUUUUGACCAUGAAAACGGUUCUGAGAAAAGGAGAGUCUUUUUCCCUGAUUUGGGUGAUGAAACUGAUGCUGAUCUUCAAUCUUUGCGUGUUACUCAGGAUUGGGAUGAGGUUACAGAGGCUUGGGAGUGUCGUGGGAGAUGGAUGUUUCUUGAGUUGGUUGAGAAGUAUGAGGAGGAUAACUAUCUCCCGGUUUCGGUUAAGCAGCUUUGGUAUGACAUACGGGUCAGAGUUGGUUUUGCGAGGAUCAGGGAAUGGACUUGCUCUAUUAGGCAUUUAUGGGAAGUCUUGAUGGUGGAGGUGAUUGAGGAUAAUCUGAAAAUCACCAUAAGUCAGUUUCUUCGUGAUUAUGAUGCUGAAAGAUAUCCACGCCAAGAGUUCGAGCUAGUCAAAAAAGCUUCUCAAGCGGUUAAUGAGACUUAUGCUUGUCCAAGUGGUGUGGAAGUGGAAGUGAUUGCUCCACAAGAACAACAGUUUUACUCCAAUGACAAAGAUCACAGAUGCAUGUCCAUGCCUGGCUUAGCUUCUCUGUCUGGCAUAAGGUCGGAGGAAAGUUACAUCAAUGGGGUAACGGAACUUUCCAGCCAAAAAUCUACUUCCGACCAUAUCAAGUUGAUACUACCCGAUAAACUUGGAACCUGGCAACCUUUUGAUUGUGUUGCUAAAUCAUGCCCACAAGCCGUGACGAGCUAUAUUAGGGCGCCGUUACAGAGAGUGGCUUUCCAUGUUAGGAAGCAUCUUAAGUAUAUGGGAUGGACCAUAGAACAAAUUGUGGAUGAAGGUGGAAGGCAUAGGUUUCGCUACCUCUCACCAGAUGGAAGGCUAAAUGAGAAGUCCCUUCGUCAAGUAUGUAUCAUAUUGAAACAACGUGAUCAGCCCCUGACUCUUCCGGUGGUGGCUAAGCCUCUUUUUCUGCCUAGUGAAAACUGGAAGUGUAACACUCGGGAAAUAAGGAGCAUUGUUUUGGCUUUGCCUGCUUAUAAUAGAAAUGUCGCUCUUGGUGAUGGAAGGAAGUCAUCCCCUGAAACCUUGCUUCAGUGUGGAAGCCAAGGAAAAGAAGAGGACUUCAAUAGAAAAAACCGUAAAUCCUAUCCCAGAAACGCCGUCCAGAUUCCUAAAAGAGUACUUUAUGUUGGGGUAGAGACAAAAACAAAAGCUCAAGGCUUCGUAAGGUUGAGAAGUAAGCGUAAACAGAAACCUAAUCUUAGAUAUCGCUCCAGGGAGAACAAAGUGAUUGUAGGUUCGCGAGAUGUCAAUCUGAGCAGGACAAGGAGACAAACUUCAAGAAUGCUAACAGAUAUCAAGAAUCGAGUAACUGGUCGUGGUAAAACCCGUGUGUCACGAUCAAGCAAGAGAGUGCAGCGGGUAAUGACUCCCACUUCCAGAAAUCAAAGUCCACGCACUGUUCUUUCCUGGCUCAUCGAUAACAAUGUGAUUCUACCAAGAGAAAAUAUACGAUGCCGUAACCAAAAGGAUCACACUGUGAGAAAGCAUGGAAAACUAACUCGUGAGGGUAUAAAAUGUAGUUGUUGCCGUAGAAUUUUCUCCAUAAGUGGCUUUGAGGCUCAUGCUAAUGGGGGAUCCUGCAGAGCGGCAGCCAACAUCUUCCUUGAUGAUGGAAGGUCUCUUUUGGAAUGCCAAGUGGAAGCCUAUAAAACAAGAAAGAAAGCACAACCAACUAAUCUUCUGAAGAUAAAAUUGCGUCAUGGGGAGAACGACAUAGUUUGUUCCGUUUGUCACUAUGGAGGGAAGCUGAUUCUUUGCGAUGGAUGUCCAUCGGCAUUCCAUGCAACUUGUCUUGGGCUGGAGGAUGUUCCAGACGGGGACUGGUUCUGCGCAUCAUGUUGUUGUGAAGCCUGUGGACUAUUUAUUGCCAAGAAUACUAGCAAGUAUGCUAAAGAUAAUAUACUUAUCAGCUGCAAGCAGUGCGAACGUAAAUAUCACCCUAGCUGCCUGCAGGAUUCAUUGAAUACAUUCUUGGCAGAAAAGUGGUUUUGCAGCAAGGACUGCGAAGAGAUAUUUGUAAAUCUCCGUGAGCUUAUUGGGAAACCGAGAGAGGUGUGCUUGAAGAAGAAUUUAACUUGGAGACUGGUGCAGUCCUUGGAACAAGAUACAUUUGGGACUGACGGUUCUAAAAUUGAAGCCGUGGCAGAAACCCACUGCAAGCUCAGUGUAGCUCUUGACGUGAUGCAUGAACUUUUCGAGCCUGUGAAAAGACGUCAUUCUGGUGGAGAUCUUGCUGAAGAUGUUAUUUUUAGCAGAUGGUCAAAAUAUAAACGUUUGAACUUCAGUGGAUUUUACACGGUAAUUCUAGAAAGGAACGACGAACUGAUUACUGUGGCUACUGUCAGAAUUUUGGGGAAAAAGGUUGCAGAAAUGCCUUUCAUUGGUACUAGAUUCCAGCAUCGCCAGCAUGGGAUGUGCCGAGUUUUCAUGGAUGAACUCGAAAAGGUGCUCAUUGACUUGGGAGUUGAGAGACUGGUCCUGCCUGCAGUUCCGUGCGUACUGGACACAUGGAUCAACUCAUUUGGGUUUUCAAAAGUGACAAUCCCCGAAAAGAAAGACUUUCUGCAGUUUACUUUCUUGGAAUUUGGACGAACCAUAUUGUGCCAAAAGAUACUGAUCAAGAGCAGCAUAGCAGAUCCAGUUCCAAAUACAGUGUCUCUUGGUGAAACAAACUGUGACAUCAUCACGAUUGAAGACAAUUAUGCAUCUGAUGAUAGAUCAAAAGUACAUGAGGCAGAACAGGACAUCAGCAUUAGAGACAAUUCUGCAUCUGAUGAUAGAUCAGAAGUACAUCAGGCAGAACAGCACCUCGAGGAGUCUAGCUCUACUAAAAAUCCACCCGAGGAAAUAAAAACACAAACACAAGAAGAAAGGUUGGUGAAAGAGAACCGAAUUCUAAAGUGUUACACACGAAGAAGGUUAAAAUGUAGGAGGAUAACAUGAAGAAGUAAAUAUGAAAGCUCCAGGGAGAGCAUCGUUAGAUACUUUGUUUCCACAAGUUAUGUUCAGAACCUUCGGGCAAGAAAAGGUUGCGAUUUGAAGGUUGGUGUUGGGGUGCUUGAGCCUGAAACAACCUUUUCGAAAAUGUAUUUAACAAAAUAAAAGGAAACGAAGGAACAAAUGCUUACCUCUUCUCUGACACUUGAUUUGUUCUUCCCAUUUUGUGUUGUAUAUAUGAAAGUUGGAAAGAGUAAGCAAAGUAUUAUUUGCCUUUGUCAUCUUAUAUUCAUAUAAAAGUAAUAUAUAAAGACUUUUUGCAA